UUCUGCCUCCGCCUCGCAGGAGCCGCCCGAAGGCCCUACCGGCCCUACCGCCCCUACCCAGCCCCGCGCGGCGCAGCGCCCGCCGCCAUGCCCAAGAAUAAAGGUAAAGGAGGUAAAAACAGAAGACGAGGUAAGAAUGAGAAUGAGUCAGAAAAAAGAGAGCUGGUGUUCAAGGAAGACGGGCAAGAGUAUGCCCAGGUGAUCAAGAUGUUGGGCAAUGGAAGACUGGAGGCAUUGUGUUUUGAUGGCGUGAAGAGGUUAUGUCAUAUCAGAGGGAAACUAAGAAAAAAGGUUUGGAUAAAUACUUCUGAUAUUAUACUGGUUGGCUUACGAGACUACCAGGAUAACAAAGCUGAUGUUAUUCUAAAGUAUAAUGCAGAUGAAGCCAGAAGUCUGAAAGCAUAUGGGGAGCUUCCAGAACAUGCUAAAAUCAAUGAAACAGACACAUUUGGUCCCGGAGAUGAUGAUGAAAUCCAGUUUGAUGAUAUUGGAGAUGAUGAUGAAGAUAUUGAUGAUAUCUAGUUUGGAACAGAGGUUUACAUUCCAACUUUCUUCCUCCAAGGAUUGUUCUACAUUGAUAUUUUGAUUAUUUUUUUGGGUGAAGUACCUUUCUUUUCAGAAGACGGAAAAUUCUUGGUAAAGAGUGUAGUUUGUUACGUCAAAAGGAUUUAUUUUCAAUGUUUGUUUUAAAGUAUUUAUAUUUCUUUAGAAAUGGAUAAUGCUGGAUUAUCACAAAGGUUAAAUGAAAUGCCACAAAUAUUUUCCCUUCACCAAUUAGAGCUUUUAGCUCCGGGUAUAAGUGAGAUACAGAGACAUGGGCUGUAAAAGACUCUGGUUUUCCCCUCUUGUGCUUUCAUCACUACAAUACCAGUUCAACUUGUAUUUUGAAAUAAAAAUUGUUUACCCUGUAAUUAUCAUGAAUUUUGAUUAAAUACCCAGUUCAGAUUAGUAUUAAAAUGUACUAUGCAGUGUCUGUCCUUAUACCCCUUGCCUUGAUAUUAACUUUAAAAGAUUUUGAUAAUAUAAAAGGAAGGCAGAAAUCUGCAUUUUAAUUCAUAAUGCAUGAAUCUGCUUUUCACGUCUCGUAGCAUGCUGCUAUUUUUAUACGGAUUUUGAUAAUUAAGAACACUCAUAAUUUCAAAGAAGCAAAUUUGCCACAGCGGAUGGGUAGAGAAGUAACAAUGAACCAUAAGCAGCAUCUUAAAUUUGCAGUUGUUAAAAACUGUCUUGUACGCUUAGCUCUUCUGUGUGUUCAGUAGCUAAGUUGUAGUUGUGGAAGAUGAACACUGGGUGGCACCCAGCAUAACAGGGAUGCGUUCAUACAAACCGGUAGCAGUUGAUUCUGUACUGAAAAAAAAGAAACUAAAAUAGUUUUUCCCCAAAGCAAAUGGUUAACAUUCACGAUAUGUUAAGCGUGUAGAAUAUUUUUACAUUAUAGAAAGGGUUAUGUUAAGAGUAGAGUUUUAUUUUAAUCUUAAAGUCCAUGCAGCCUAAGGUACAACAUUAAAGCUUAUGUGAACUCUGAAUAACGAUAUAAAUGAGAAAUUAAAUUUGUGUCAAACGUAGGAAAAGAAUCUUUUCAUCCUGAAUGAGUCGCUGAAACAAAUUAAUGGAAAGAUUCUUCUCCGCCUUUGGACUGGAGGAGUCAGUUAAAGCUGAAUAAAGACUAACAUCAUCAUGAAAAUAUUA